AUGAGUCCAACAGGAGCUAGAGACUACUCCACUCAACCCCUCACGUGAAUAGCCACUGUAGUCUUUGAAGGCGCUUAAAGAUAAAGCUAGCGUGCUGCUAUGGACACAUACUCUUAGAUACUAAAAUUAGUGUUACUGCUCAGUUUGGCCACACCGUCUUCUGUGUCUAUUUCGGUAGCCACUCUUCCGUGCUUAGCUUUUAGGGUCCUUUGCCCCGCUGCAUUUACCGCAUGGAACUCAGGGCUUGAGUGCCGUGGAUUCAUCAGGACUUAAGGAUUUUUCCUCAUGACCCCCCGCUGUCUUGAUUUGAGCCAUACCCCAACCAAACAUGGAAUACACAAUCAAAAGGAAAAUGGUAAGCUGACCCAACUGGGGACGCUAUAGACUCAACCAUCUAAAACCCAUUGUCAACCAUCAGCCAUCACCAUGACCUGUGUGGAGAAGCGCCAACACGUGAGCCACCGGAAUACCAUGCUCCACCACCGCUUCCCCAACGGCUUCACUGAGAUCUUCCUGGACGAGACGGACCGAGAGGUCAGCACGCUCACUGACCGAGCCUUCCGGAGCCUGUGCAUCGGAGACGAGGCCGUGUACAACGAUGAGUUUUCAUAUGGAUACCCUUUCAGCUGUCACAAGCCCCUAGUGGAGAAGCCCCUGAAAAAGACUAAAGACGCUGGUAAAAAGCACAAACUCAAUGGUGCCAAAGACACUCAACCCUGGAGGCAGAAGAAGAGCAUGUCCAACGUGUUGAUUAAAAAUAGUGAUUUCAAGGACACUAACGGGGACUCGUGGGAUAAGUCGGCCCUCUUCAGCAUCGAAAGGGAACUAUCAGAAUUCUCCUCGGAUUACAAGAACCUCACAACCAAGAAAUCAGACAAGGAUGCAAAGUCCUCCAAGACUAAAAAUGGCCAAUCUAUUUUCAAGCUGCGGAAGCUGAACAUCAAAAACUUUUUCCUCCACAGCGAGUUCAGCCCGUUCCAAUCGUGGAGGGAUUUUAACCGGUUUCCGUUCAGUCAGGACGGCAUCACCUCCAUUCUCCCAGUGGUGGACAACCUCCCUAAAUGGUACGACUCCCCUCUAUACAAACAACUGACUGAGGCACAUCGAAUAGAAACACUGCAUGCGGAGGAAACAGAGCAGCAGUGCCAGAAACCAGUCGAACCCCCUCUUCCUCCUCCUCGUCCUCCACCCAAGGUUCUGCCAAAACCCUCUGCCCCCGAGAAGAGGUCUGCGUCGGACACCUCUGCUAAGGGUGAAACCAACGCCCCCUGGAGGAGAAACAGAGUGAGAGCCAAGAGUGCUGUACCUGUCAACCAACUGGGAGUACUUUGCCCUCCCACUGAAACCCCAAAACUGGUGGAGGAGAUUCCUCUGCUGUAUAAAAAGGAAGUCAAGUCGGUAAAGGUGAAAGAAGUGGAGAAGCCGUGCUCUUUGACCAAUACUCCAUUCAGCAUUUCUCAGCUGAUGACACCCGUAAUACCGUCCAGACAGGCUACAGACACCUCAGAGAUCCUGUCAGCAGUGCUAUCUCCCUCUCUCCUCGAUCUCCCCCUCCUAGACAUAGAGUAUGUGUCGCCAGUCAUAUCAAGGUCGACCUCCGAGGUCGUCAAACGAGACAGCUACAAAUCUAUUGCGUCCAGUUUGUUGUUCAACCUCAAGGAUAACAGGAAGAGGGUCAAGAGCAGGUACAGCCCGUCAAAAUUCAAAACCGAACAGGUGGAUCGUAGCACUCUGUCUCCAAAGCUGCUGGAACAGAGACUACUCAAAUAUGCACAAGCUCCUUCUGACGGUAUAGCCUCUGGUUUCAGUACACCUGCCAUUCUAGCCUCCGGUUUAAGCACACCUCCCAUUCUAUUAGAUGGACUGCCUAUCUGUAGCCCAGCUGUUUCAGAAUCUAGCAAUGCUGGUCUUAGGAAAUAUCUAGAUUCGGAUAUAUCAGACGAUUACUUGAUAUCCAACUUAUUGCAAACCAAAAGAGAGGCUGCGGGUAGCAGGAGCCCUGGGUCGCCCUUCACACACUCAAAGGUGAACAAGCGCUCCCUGGCUACGAAACAAACGUACCCAACUCUGAACUUGUACAAGAGUCCUGCGAGGCCAGAGAUGAAACACUUCUCACCGUCAACGAGUAAGGAUACUUUGUCCAUUGCCACACACAACAAAGGACUUUCUCAGAAUAAUUCAGACAAGACAAAGUACCAUCCUAGUGCACAAAAGAAAGGGAUUUCUCUGAAUAUACCAGAAAAGCCAGCAAAAGAGAUGUUGCAGCGAAAGGAGAAAGACAUUGGUGACCAGCCUGUACAUACAAUAACGAAUACAGCACAGAACAAAAUGGCAUCUCCCAAUUUACCUGUAGCGCAAAACAAAGUGUCGUCGGCAAAUUUAACAGACAACGCUAAACAACCAACAAAAGACACUGUGGAAUUGAAGGAAGAACACAUCGGUGAACAGACUGUAAAUACAAGAGAAGCCAUCACAGCUAUUAGGGAGACAUUAAUUACAGCCCAAAAUAAAGUGCUGUUCUCGAAAAGAACAGACCAUACCAAAAGGUCAACAAAGGACAUGACAGAGUUAAAUGUCAAAGAUACAGUUGAAGAGGUUAUGAAAGCCGGUUUGGAAGCAAUAUCCACCGCCAGAACCAAAAUAUUCUCUCCCAAUAGAACAGAAGCUGUAGAAGAAUUAACCAUGAGUAAGAACAACAUUGUCAAAACAGAGGACCCUCAAGAAAAAGAUGACAAUGCAAUUGUAGUAGAGGAUAGACAUUCGCUUCAUUCACUUUCAGUGCCAAGGCCAAGCCACAGACGAAUAGAGCGACAGACAACAGGUGAAACAUAUCCAACUGACAACACACUCACCAACGGAUUUAUAGAAUGUGCGGAAAAAGAGAAAGAAAUUAUUUUGUCAGAAAAGGAGAAGGAGCCGGUUAAAAAGCAAGGCAGGUUUAAACACAUAUUUUCAGCGAGACAAAACAACUAUAUUAAAAGCCAAAGAUAUGCAAUGAAGGAGAGUGGCGAGAAAGAGGAGGAUGAUGAGGAUUUUGAACCUAAAAUGGAGGUAAAUAAUAAGAAAGAUGUGGAUGAAGAACUACAUUAUACAGAGAAGACGGUGCACAAAGAAAUGAAAGAUGGCAAAAAUAAAGUAAGUGACUUACAUGCACUGAAAGAGCUGGAGAAGGCUAGAUUGGGUGAACACCUUAUCAAGGACAGUGAGAAUUUGAACCCCGAACCAGGGAUAGAUAGGGAGACAAAGGCGAAAAACGAUUUAAUUUCCAGGGAGCUUAGGAACAUCAAAAGGGGUAUGCUUUCUAUGCGAGGAAACACAUUCGCUAAAAAAGAGGCAUUUGUGAACAAAGAGAAGGAGCAAACUAAGCAUGAUGUAUUCUCAAAGAUAGACAACAACGUUGUUAUAAACAAGUCAUUGAUCAACGACAAUUAUGACAAGGCUAAAAUGGCACUCGAGGAAAUCAUAUCGGAAAGAGCAGAGAAACGUAAAAAUAAAGUCUUAAAGAAUAAAGAAGAGGAUGUCAAUACAGUCCCAGGUGAGAACCCUGAUGAUAGUAAUAAUGUUAGAGUCCAAGAGCGUAGACAAGCAAGACAGGAUUCUAUCAGGACAGCAGCAGAGGAGGAACAAAAUGAGGUGAGAGAGAGGCUAGGAGAUCUGAGGGAUCAUCAUCAUCAGACGCAAGAAAUCAUUACCAAGACUGAGACAAAACUUGGUGGAAAUCACAGGUUAGGUGCCACAAUCUAUGCUGAAGAAAAUAAACUCGCAACAAGACCUAUCAGGGAGGAGCAAGAGAAUAGAAACAUCAUCAAUAAUGUCAGUGACAAACAGAAAUACAAUAUUACAUCCAGCAAAUACUCAGCAGAGGAGAGUGAUAGAACUGUUGCUAGACAGUUAUCUAUUGAAACAAGAGAUGACACCUCUAAAAAUGAUGAGGUCGUCAAAGAGGAGAGUCAACCAGACACACCCGUUCUCAAACCAGAGGUACCACCGAGGAGCAAGAAAGGGAACACUAAAAAAGAGGACAGCACAGAGGAAGAGAAAGAAUGUGGGAAUGUUAUGAAUAUAAUUGAGGAGGAUAUAAAGAAUAGAGAAUUUUCAAGUAGGGAUAGUACUAAUGACACAAUUCAACAACAAAAAAACACACAGGCAAGAGGCAAGGUCUCAAACAGGGAGGCCCUUGAUGCAAAGAUAAAAGCAGAAAGACAAACAGAUGCACUUGAAACAGAGACGACGACUGAGCAAGAUACGAUUAUACAAAAUAAUCCCCAUAUUGGUUUGGCAGAAGAAGACUAUUCUAAACAUUCAAAGCAUCCCCGUGAAACAAAUACCUCUUUUUCACUCAGUGAAGAGAAGGAAAAGGAAAUUAAGGCUUUAUUAAAUGAAAGCCAAACUAAUAAACUUCCUAUAAGGGAGCCCAAAGCAGAACAAACACAACACAAUAUGGAACAACAGGAACAACCCUGUGUGAGAAGGAAGGCCCCUUUGAAACCAGGCAAAUAUCAUUCAAAACCUUCAAACCAAGUAAACAUCACUACUGAGGAUGAAUCGAUAAUGGAAAAAGAGACCAUGAAAAAGAGUCAAGCAACUGAAGAGUCAAACAAAUCAGUUAAGAUUAGUGAAGAUAUUGCAAAUGUUGAUGAAGAUAUUAGAGAAACAUUAGUGUCUCCGUUGUCAAAUAGCAGUAGUAUAAAUCAAAGUCAACAGGAUCGAACCAGUAUGUCCUCGAAGUCAUCAUAUUUCUCUGUCGCAAGUUCAUUGCAAAGAAACAACGAAACUGACUCAAACAUCUAUCACUCUUUGGAGAAUUUGAUCGAUGAAUUAGAGGAGGUUGAGGAAGGAAUAGAGGAUGUGGCAGAACGUGUGAGAUGGGAUUUGGAGACAAAGAUAGAAGUGGAGUAUUACUCUGUAAGUGAUCAUGAAAAUGAGGAAGUUGAAGACAAGCCAGUAAUCCCUUCCAGGCGAGAUAGGGUAACAUCCCGGAUGGAGGACAACGAGUCAAGAGCCAGAGAGAUGGACAAAAGUGGAUGGCUCCAGAGCCCCAUGGUCAACACAAACAAUCAAACGCCAACAUCUCAGUCCAAUGCCUCUUCACCAGUUCUGGGGAAACCGGCUCUAUUCAAAGUGAAAGACAACACAUUCAAGCAUCAUGUCUCGCCUGUAACUAAGACAGUGAAACAGGUUCUGCACAAGACAAACCAUGACCCAGCGGAACGUGCACCGUGGUCACCUAGAGAAAGCUUGAGUGGCUCUGAGAGGAGCGAGGAAGAUCCUCUCAAUCAUCUUAAAGAGUCUAUUGAAAUACCGUCACCCUAUAAUGUCGCCACCACACCAGACAAACACUUCAAACCCAAAGAGACGGCAUCUCCCCACUCUCCACAGUCACCGCUGUCUCCCUCAAAACUAAAGCCCGAACACAGUCGGAAAGGCCAACGUGCGCGAUGGUCACCCAGGGAGUGCUUGAGUGGCUCUGAGAGGGGCGAGAAAGAUCAUCUUGAUAUCCCUGAACCCCAUGCUGCUGCCACCACACCAGACAAACACCUUAAACCCAAAGAGGCUAAAUCUCACCACGCUACACACUCCCCACUGUCUCCCACAAAACUGCCCCCUGAAAACACCCCAAAAGGCCAACAAUAUGGGUCUUUCCUCACAGUCCCUCAGGAAGAUUACAUACAUUCGGGGGUGAGUCCAUCGUCAGAAGGGGGGACAAGCACAGUGGAUAUAGCUGAUAACAACCCAGAGGACUCCAAGGUGCAGUCUGGUUCAGUCUGCAGCGGGAAUGACACCCAAGGACCCGGCAGACCCCCUGUGGUCCCUCCCAAGUCAGAGAAGGCCCUCCUCAAAGCCAUGAAGCUGACCACCAGAAGGAUCCGAAAGGAAGAGAAGGGAAGUCAACCACACAAGAGCCGCAGCAGUAGAAGUGAUAAAAACAAGAGUGAUAAAUCAUCGGAGCAUAAAAAUAGUAGCAGUGAUAGUAUUGACAAGCAUUGUAGUAGUAAGAAGCAACAUCAGGAAAGGACCGAACACAUCAGCCAUAGCAGUGAGAAGCACAGCCGUGGUGAAUCGGAGCAUCAAGGCCGUAGUAGUGAAAAGCACAGGCAGGAUGAAUCAGAGCGUCAAGCCUAUAAGAGUGUGAAGCACCACAACGGUGUACCUGAACAUCAGAGCCAUGCUAAUGAGAAGCCCCCGCAAGAAAAAGAAGAGCACAGCAGUCAUAGUAGUGAGAAACACAGGCAAGGACGCAGCAUUGACGAACAGAGGCAUGGUGAAUCAGAGCAUCAAGGCCGUAAGAGUGACAAGCAAAGUCAUGGUGAUUCCAAGCGUCAGGGCCGUAGUAGUGAGAAACACAGCCGAGGGAUGCAAGAAAAGAGAUUCCGCAGCAGCGACAGAGCUGUCAGUGAGAAUAAAAGGCAAAACAGUGAGAGAUCCACGAGUGAGAGAACCCCGCGUCAUAGAGCUCAGAGCAUGGACGGACACAUCGGUGAUAAAGUGGAACAGAGAAUUCGUAGUAGUGAGACAUCUCCUAGGGACAGACCAGUACAGAGGAGUCAGCGUAUUGAGAAGUCCAUUAGGGAGGAGCUGUCUCAGAGGGGCCGAGCCCAAGAGAGAUCCAACAGAGAGAAACCAGAGAAUUGGAACAAUAGUGUUGAUUCCCAUGCCAGUGACGUUAUAGACUUGACAUCACCUCACCCUAAUCUAUCCCGCCAGUCCAGUUACACCAGCCAGUUCUCUCGUCAGUCCAGCAUCGAGCACGGUUACACCUCCUACCCAAUGACCCAACGGAAGUUGCUGCAGGAUCCAGACUCGGGGCAGUAUUUCGUAGUUGAUAUGUCCGUCCAGGUCAAAACGAAGACCUUCUUUGAUCCCAAAACUGGGAAUUACGUGCAGUUACCUGUUCAGCCUCCUGAGGGCCCUGUGUCUCAGGCCUCCACCAUGGAGGUGAUAACCGCACCUAUGGUACUCUACCACGGUUCCUUUGUCCCAGUGCCUGUCUCAUCCAUCCCAUCACAGAAAUCCACUGUCCACGCCUCACAGCUGGACCAGGAAGACUUUGAACAAAGGCUGGAAAGGCAGAGAUAUAAACACACAAACGAUGGCCAUCGCUACCUAGAGCCAGUGAACGGCUCCCAAGAUCACAUGCUAGGGGAGUUCUUAGGCACUGAGGAUUUUUAUGACUGUAUGAGCUGAUAGGGCUUUUAUCAACUUUGUGAGAAAUGUUUAACAGAGUUGAAGUGGAGUGUUAAUUUGCAUUUGUGAAUUUGUGGUUUAUAUGAGCUACUUUAGACUUAAUAUAAAAUUGGCAUUUGGGAGUGUCUGACUUCAGGGAUUCAUGUACGAUAAAUAUAUGAUUUGUAAUGUUAUUGAUGGAAAAUUACAGCUUAAAGAGAAAGGACAUGGGUGUUCCAUGUUAAUAUGUAUUUUCACACGUAGACAUGAAGUUUGGUUAUACAUUUUUAUGUAUUGUUUUGUUAUUUUAUUGAUAUGUAAAGUUCUGCUUUUUUAGACUUUUUCCACAAGCAGUUUGCUCUCACAUAAACAUAAUUUAGUCAGAUUUUUGUAUUUAUUUAAACAUAAAGAUACAUUGUGUUUUAAUCUACGUUUCAGUAGUCAAUAUCAGUCAACAUGCAACUGAAUAUUGAAAGUCGCACAUUACGUUUCAUACUAAUAUCUAAAUGCUUGAAAUACCAUUAAUGUACGUGGCAAUGAUUUAUGUUUUGUAAAAUAAUUGGAGAUACUUGGAAAUAUGUUUGGCAGUAUUUUGCAUUGAAUGGCUAGAAAAAGCAGGUCUACAUUUUGUUUUUGUAAAUCAUUCCAAUAAAAAAAGAUCUGAAGAA